ACAAAUUUUUUGAAGUCUUUCGAAGAGCUUUAUUUUUUGUUGAGAUUCGCACGUAACAAUGCUGUCAAGAUCUCGUCUUUUUCUUUUGCCGAGGAACUCCGAUUGAAUCCAUCCUCGCUUGUUUUUUUUUGUGAUGCUUGCUAGUUAGCUUGCGAGAAUCUAUUCUAAAUGCGACUACAUGUUACUAGUCGAUUGACUUCAGAGAGCCUCCUCCAAAGAGGGCCUCCGAUAUGCUCUUCUAGUCCCCGACUUAAUGCAAGUCUUGGGUUUUUGUUCUCCUGGAAAAGGUGUUGAUUAGGCAAGAACUUGUCUAAUUUGUAUUGCUUGACUCUUGAUUCCGUUUGUUUGAGUUAUUUCCUGGGGAUGUUGUAAGUUAUUGUGCUCUACAUCUGUCUGAUGAAAGGACUGAGAGAGAAACCUGCAUUGCUUGGUAUAGUGUCAACAGUUUUGGUUAACAUAUGGAGCCUUUUCUUGUUGCGCAUUUGUUGAAGCUUUUUCAAGCUUGCAAGUGGGCUAUUAAUGUGCAGCAGAAUCAAGUUCAUUAUUUUGAAUUUUUUAUUUCGAAGUUGAACAGUGUCUCCGGCCUGCGUUCCUGGACGAUUUUCUGAUUUUCAGAAAGAUGCAGGCUUUAGGUUAGCUUCUGAAUGUUCUGAAAUUCAUGCUUGCUAUUUGGCUUCAUGUUGCAGUUUAAUUUGUUUGUCCUUGUGGCAGUUUUUGAAGCUGAUUAACUAGAAGGGAAAGGUUAACAAGGAAGAAGAUAACUUUGGUUUCUAUCUGACACUAGUGAUUCUACAAUCAGUCAAUGAUAUACACCUGGUCUCGUCCCACAUCGGGAAUGAGAGUAGGUCAGUACACUACCAAAAAGUUGGGCUUAAGUAUUUUGGGUUUAUUUGUUUAGACUCACAAGUUAGUGGAUUACUUGUCCCAUCCGGUUGGAUCAUACUAUAAAAUAGUACCAAAGCCGACCAACUAUUGUGUCUGCUAAGGGACUCAAGUAGAAAAUAACAAUACACGGAUGAGCCAAAUGACACAUCUUGGUGACAUGGCUCCACCACUGGGAUAAGCCUCAUAUGUAUCAUGCCAGGGCUUGAUUUUGGGCCAAUGACUUUAAGCCCUUAAGUGAGGGAGAUUGCAACACUUUGGUUUAGUUCUACCUUGGAAAUGUGAGAAAUAUUGAAUGAACUUGGAUCAUAACAAGUGAUUCUAUGAUCAUCUAGUUAAGGCUCCUCACUAGGAUACUUAUGGUAUUAUUUCACUCUACUUUUUGCUAGUAGACAAGCAUGGCGAGCUGAAGUACAGGUCAGAUAUGUAUGGAUAACCCAUUUUCUUGACCUUGACUCAUGGCAUCAUACCAUUCAAAGCAGAACAAAGAUUCUAAGCUUCUUCAUUCUUUAAUCAUUUUAUGAAACAGAAUCAAAUGGAUUUCUAGUGAUGGCAUCUGUUUUUUUUUAAUAUAGUUACCAAUAAGAUACUCAUUCUUCUAUGAGGUUAUUGGCCCCUGCUAAAUGCCUUCCAAGCAAUGUUUGCUACUUCUAACAUUGUUGUAUGUGGAUGCAACGACAAUACCAUUUCUAUCGAAUAUGAUUUGGAUGGAAAUAUCAUCCAUGAUGAUUUUCAAAAUUCUGGAGUUCGUAUUUGUUGCCUAAUAGAAAUUAUGCAUGCUAAACUUUCCUUGCUGAUUAACCUUUUAUUGAGGCUUUUGGAAGAUUCUAAACUCUUAUGUGUUUGAAUAGUUUUUAAGAAAAUUUCCAUCUUGUUUCAUCCUUCUAACGUACCUUGCUCACCUUUACAGUAGUUUAGGUAGCUCCUGGGAGUUUGGUAUGUGCUAAAAAGCUACAUUUUUUUGGAAAUGUUUGAAUAUCUUAUACAUCGUUGUAGUGUUGGCAUAUGCAGAACAACUGGUGCAGGCUCUAUUGUUUACGUUAAUAUAAUGCUUUUUGCUGACAGUUGUAUCAUCCAUGAUGAUUUUCAACAUUCCGGAGUUCUUAUUGUUGUCUAAUAGAAAUUAUGCAUGCUUAACUUUCCUUGCCGAUUAACCUUUUAUUGAGGCUUUUGGAAGAUUCUAAACUCUAGAUAAGAGAUCAACUCUUAUGUGUUUGAAUAGUUUUUAAGAAAAUUUCCAUCUUGUUUCAUCCUUCUAACUUACCUUGCUCACCUUUACGGUAGUUUAGGUAGCUCCUGGGAGUUUGGUAUGUGCUAAAAAACUACAUUUUUUUGGAAAUGUUUGAAUAUCUUAUACAUCUUUAUAGUGUUGGCAUAUGCAGAACAACUGGUGCAGGCUCUAUUGUUUACAUUAAUAUAAUGCAUUUCGCUGACAGUUAUAGCACCAGUGUUUCUCCGCUUUGUUGGACCUAUAUGUAGUCAAAUUUAGUAUGAUUCUGCCACCAGCUAGCUAUCAGAAUGGAUUCUACUUAAAAUCUUAGGAAUGGCUUCUUGUCAUGGAUCUUCAAAACAUGAUAAGUUUUCUAUCAAAUAUUUAUGGAUUCCUCUGGAUGUGCAAUGUUAUGAACCAAAUACAAUUGUUUCCCAGAAAUAUGCCCUCAGAACUCAUGCAAAGGGCAGUGCACUAUCUGAAACCAAAUCUCCCAUCCAAGGAGCAAGUACAGCAAAGUUUGUAUCUGCAGUUGCUAGGAUCUGGGAUUAUGCUGGAGAUCCAGCAGUUUUCCACAGUGAUGAAAGCUUGAAAUAUCUUGACCAUUUGCAGAAAGAGUAUAACACCAUAUGCUAUUCUGGCAGGCAAAGAAAACAAAAACCAACAUCCACCAGAAAUGGAAGUGCUUGCAAUGGACUAGAGCCUAAAAGCUCUUUGACAUCUGCAGUAAAAUCAUACUUUGAGGAAGUAAAAUGCAUUAAGAAACAGUUAUUGAUUGCCGCUUGCAACAGAUAUGUAGCCAAUUCUUUCAUCUGGAAACGUGUCUGGUUAAUUGGUUCCCAUUCACAUAUAGGAAACGAUAAGGUCACAUGGAGUACAACUCCAACUGUUCAAGCCAGCCAAUGUGAAAGCAUUGAUAAAACUAGUUUGGAAGACCUGAAGGAUGACAGAUCUAUUGGAACAGACAAGCAAAGUCCAUUUGAAAUAUCUGCUACUCGGGCCAAAGGGAAUUCUGCUGCUGCUGAACUCUAUGAUGCUUCUUGUGAUAAAUCAACGAACUUAGUAGGAAACGAUCUGCAAAUUUCAGGUUCAUUUUAUUCAACAUAUUCACUUCGACCAAUGAUGAUCUGGAAAGGAAUAGUUGUUGGAUUUUGUAGAAAUCACAGAUCUAGUCUUCAUUUCGGCAACAACUUUGAUUUCUUAACUUUGACUGGUUACACUUAUGGACGCCAUCAGAAAGCUAUUGAGGUCAUGUCCUCUUCAGUUUCUGAGGUUUCACGGGAACUUUCUGCCUUCAAGGAUUGUGAUAUUCAUGAGUGUGGUAAAAGCUUAGCUCAGGAGCCCAUUCUUGAACAUAAACGUUUACCAAUAUUCACGAUACAUGAUAAACUCGAAAAAGAACUAACCAAGAAUAGACAUGCAAUAGCAGGAGCAUUGGCUGGAACAAUUGUUAGCCUUUGUCUGCAUCCUAUUGAUACAAUUAAGACUAUAAUUCAGGCUGAUGGCAUAGGUCAAAAGUCAGUUUAUUGCACUCUCAGAACACUCAUAUCAGAAAAAGGCAUAGCAGGGCUCUACUGUGGGAUAACUACCAAUAUUGCUUCCUCAGCGCUUAUUUCUGCCAUUUAUACCUUCACAUAUGAAUCAGUUAAGGGGGCCCUACUACCAGUUCUGCCAAAGGAGUACCAUUCUGUUGCUCACUGCUUUGCAGGUGGUUGCUCAAGCAUAGCUACUUCUCUCAUCUUUACUCCCAGUGAACGUAUAAAGCAACAGAUGCAAGUGGGUUCACAGUAUCAGGACUGCUGGAAUGCCUUCAUUGGAUGCUUUGAAAAGGGUGGAUUGCCUUCACUAUAUACUGGGUGGAAGGCAGUUCUUUGUAGGAACAUUCCACACUCCAUUAUCAAGUUUUACACCUAUGAAAAUUUGAAGCUUCUCUGUUUGGUGUCGGCAAAGACUAAUUCAGGUCUUAGCACAUUGCAAACGCUAUUGUGUGGGGGUAUUGCUGGAUCGACUGCUGCUCUUUUCACAACACCCUUUGACGUGGUAAAGACAAAGUUGCAGACACAAGCUCCUGGGACUAUUGGGAAAUACAGUGGGGUUCUUCAUGCAUUGCAAGAAAUAGCUAGGCAAGAAGGUUUUCAAGGGCUUUACAGGGGUGUGACUCCAAGGUUAGCUAUGUAUAUCUCUCAAGGAGCCCUUUUUUUUGCAUCAUAUGAGUUUCUUAAAGUAGUCUUUGCUUUGCAAGUUCCGCAAUCACAUGUUCAGGUCAUUCAUAACCAACAAAAUGCUGACUACUUAAAGUUGAGAAGUGAACAGACUGAAGUCUUAAACCAGAAUUCUUUGGCUAAUUAGAAACUAACUAAUGGUGGACUUGUUUUGUGGGCAACUAGUCAGAGGGAACCCUGAUCGAUCACUAAUGGGCAAGACAGUGGUGCUUCUUUAGAACACAAAGCCACCGAGCCGUAUUUUUGAAAUCUGGUUGUCUUAAUCGCACGUGCAUUGGAAUUCGAUAAAAGUGGCAUUGAACAUGUUCUUGGACCUUGCUUCCUUGUGUUUAGUUUCUGAAGAUCUUAGAAAUCCUUUUUUACUCCUUUCACUACUCUUUUCACCAAAUGCCAGUUUGCCAUGCCCCAGCAAAGAUGAGUUCUUUUCUUUCCUUUCCUCCCUCGACUAAUAUCUUCUUGUUGCCAACUUCAGUGGUGUGUCAUGGAAUUCAAUCUGUCCAUGGCAUGGGAUGCAACUACAACUUUAGCAGCAUUGUUUACUGUUGUUGGUCAUCAUUCAUCAUUCACAAGUUUGUUCUGGUAGCAUUUUGAUAUUUAUCAUGCAUGAUUCUGUUUUAUGCCCAUAUAGGUUUAUCUUCACAUCAGUCUCUGAAUGUGCAAUCCUCAGAACGGAGGAUUUGACACCCAUUAAUGCAAAUUUACAUCUCAGCUGACCAUAUAUGCUGCAGUUGUGUGAUUUAAACCAGUAGCUACUCUUC